GGUUAAAGUGAUUACAUAGUUUAUUAUGUGCUGGCAGAAAUAUUGUAGCAUUCGUCAUUGUUUGGACGGGCGUGGUGCCAACAGACCAAAGAUCAGAACCUGGGCGAAUCAGGCAUUUGAACUCUCGAACCUAUCAGAGGUCGGUCGACAGAGCCAGGACGGCUUCACAGCCAGGGGAAGGUCGGUCGGUCUGACUUCGGAUUUACUCAGCCGUGAGGACAGUUGUCAACCUGCUAGACACCACACAUUCACCGCAAUGGAGCUUCUGGGUGUUGAUCUAACACUGCCCCUGACUCUACUCGCAGGAUUCCUGGUCUUGGUCUACAUAUAUGGAAAAUGGCGGUUCCGCUUGCUGAAAGACGCUGGUUUUCCCGGUCCGGAACCAGAUAUCUACCUCGGGGAUCUUCGGCGCGUUAUGAGAGAUGGUAUAGAUCUUGAGAACAAGCUUGGCAAGAAGUAUGGAGACGUAUUUGGAGUGUGGUUGGGAGGCUUUCCCAUGGUGAAUGUGUUUGACGUCGACAUCAUUAAGGAAGUUCUGAUAAAAGACUUCAAGAACUUCACUGACAGACUGGUUUUUGAACUGAAUGACUUCCCCUUCUCCACCAAUCUUUUCAAUUCGAGGGGGGAAACAUGGAGGAGACUACGAAACAUCAUAAGCCCAACCUUCAGCGGUGUCAAGCUCCGACGGAUGUGUGCGGGACUUAACACAUGUGCUGGAAAACUAACGGAGAACCUUGCUGCCGUUGCUGAGUCAGGAGAGGCUGUAGUCGUGAAAAAAUACUUUGGUGCUUUCACCAUGGACUCCAUCGCCAGCACUGCUUUUGGCAUCGACACCGACUCCCAAAAUGGCACUGAGAGCGGUUUUCUGAAAGCAGCCAAGAACAUAUUUGAUAAUAAUGUUAUCGGAAACCCCAUCCUGCUCAUCGCAUUGGUUUUCCCUGGUUUACAACCGCUACUUGCAAAACUCGGGUUUUCAACUUUACCGCGCUCAUCCAAGGCGUUUUUUGAGAACAGUGUGAAAGAUAUCAUCAAACAAAGAAGGGAAGAACCAGAGGCUGAUCGACGGCGGAGGGGGGACUUCCUCCAGCUGCUGCUGAACGCUGAGAAUGACGUCACGCAAGACGGAAACACUGACCAAUCACAUAAGAAAAUGUCAACCGAUGAAGUUAUUGGCCAAGCAUUCGUCUUCUUUCUGGCCGGAUACGAAACUACGGCGAGCACCCUCCAGUUCCUUGCAUAUGUCCUGGCAACUCACCCCGACAUUCAGCAGAAGCUGUCUGAAGAGAUAGAUUCAGUCCUUGGGGAUAAAGAUCCGGACUAUGACAGCAUCCAUGAAUUGGUGUACAUGGAUCUCGUGGUCACAGAGACGCUGAGACUGUACCCGAUUGUUCCGGAUGUGGAUCGCUACGUGUCUGAAACAACAACGAUCAAAGGAUGGACGUUUCCAAAGGGUGUCUACAUCAACAUCCCCGUUGUCCAAAUGCACAGGAACCCUGACAUUUAUCCAGAACCCUUAAAGUUCAAACCUGAAAGAUGGGAGAAGAAAUCGGAAAUCAACCCGAUGUAUUAUUUGCCGUUCGGCCAUGGUCCACGUCAGUGUGUGGGAAUGAGGCUUGCCCUGGUGGAGAUCAAGGUCGCACUGGCUCACCUGCUCAAGAAACUCCACUUUGUCCGACUGGCUGAUACCCCGGACGUGUUGACGGAUUUCAAGCCAUUUGAUGUUUUGGCACCAAAGAAGCCGAUCGAGCUGAAAGUGAAAUUCCGCUGAUCGAAAAGCAAUUGGAGACCAAGAUCUGUAGAAGACAGUAACCCAAUGCGCGAAUGUAAAGAUGGAUUUUGUGGCCGUUUUUAGUUAAGUUUAAACAUAUCGUAUUCCCAUGAAAGUAUAUACCGAUCCACGCAAAUGGGAUACGAUGACAUGCCCUUCCUGCUUUUAGUCGCCACUUUCUUGUAUGCUUAUUUACAAUUAACACGUUAAAUGACUAAAGUGAAAGAAUGGGGAUAGAGAAAUAUGUACUUUUACACUACUGUUUUCAUUAUGUAUGUACAUUUCUAAAGAUGUUUUCGUUGACAUGAUGUUAAAGCUGCAUUUCCUAGACAAGACCGGCCUUCCUGAAGCAACCGGUGUACAUUUUAAAUAAUGGCUGUGCUUAUCCCUUGAUCUUGUUCCACAUGCAGUGAGGGAGGAAGGAGUUGCGGUUUUUAACCUAGAGAAAAUAUUAACUACUGUUUAGGUGUCUGCCAAGUGAAAAUACUGCCACAGUUCAUGUAGCUAUGCUAAAUAAAUUCCGAUAACAACCAUUCCGAGGAACAAAAUAGGGAACUGAUUGUGGUUUAACGGUUAUUAACAUUAACCUCUCUAACUACUUCCGACUCCAUAAAGGUCCCGCAAGUGACCAAUGAUGUAAUCCCAUGUUCUUCAUUAUGACCACUUGACUAAACUUUAUUUGUUGAGGCAAUUUCAGACUUAUGAAUUUCAAACACAUUACUUUAACUCUGGUGAGUAGUCUUUUGACGAAAAUGACGUGUAUGGCUUUCCGGCUCCUUUAAUGCCCGACCAAUGACGUGUAUGGCUUUCUGGCUCCUUUCAUGCCCGACCAAUGACGUGUUUGGCUAUCCGGCACCUUUCAUGCCCGGCCAAUGACGUGUAUUGCUUUCUGGCUCCUUUAAUGCCCGGCCAAUGACGUGUAUGGCUUUCUGGCUCCUUUAAUGCCCGGCCAAUGACGUGUAUGCAUUUCUGGCUUCUUUGAUGCUCGGCCAGACAUGGUUGUAUAACGUUGAUCCUGGAUAAAAAGACAUUGCUUGAAAUAGAGACUACACAUUGACUGGCUCCUUUAAUCUCAGGCCAAUGACUUGUUGACGUUGGCCCUUGAUGAACACAUAAAGCUGUAUACAGGGACUAAACUUUGACUUGUUAUUUAAUCCCCGACUAAUGACGUGUUUAUUUGCUUGAUAUAUGUUCUUAUCGCUGUAUUCUUAUUCUAUUAUGUUAUACCAUUUACCUCCAUUUUGCUUAAUUCAGAUUUUAUUAUAUAGGGUGUGAGACGUAAAAAAUGCAAGACAUUAAACUAGACUGACACAUUGCAUAAUAUUUCAUGACAAAGGACAAAUUACUAUUAUGUAAAUAGACUGAAAUAUACCAGUAUACCUAUCAAACGUCGAUUAGUACACACAAACAGGCAGGCAUGCACACGCACACACUCUCAACCUCGCACUCAUGUACAAACACAAGCACGCACGCUCUCAACCUCCAACACCUGUACACACAACCACGGACACUCACACAAUCGCAAUCACACUCACCUUCGACCGCACAUUCAUAAAUAUGUCAACGAUUGGUGAAAGGACUUUUCGAGCUUGCGAAUUCCACGUUGAAACAUUAAACAGAAAUAAAAUAUA